AAUGCUUCAUCUGGGUCAUCCCCGCCGAGCCACGGGAGAAAGUUUGGGGCCAGGUUCAGCUUGGCGGGGAAUUCCUCUCCCCCGCACACACUUUCCAGCGCAGGGAGGCGGCCGGGUCACAGAGCUCACGGGGCAUGAAUCAGCCUCCCCUCCAGGCUCCACGAAGGCGCGCUCCGCCCUGUCCCGUCUCUGAGGGCCUCUAACCCUACAAAAGCAGCGGCACCCACCGCGCUGGGAUCCAGACCGCCCGGAGGUUGGACGCCGUGCACCCUCCCCUCCUCUCGCCGGCACCGUCUGAAUUGGACACCAUGGACUCGGUUCGCCCCCUCUGGCUGAUGCUUCUGUCGCUGCUCCUCGUGGGAACUGCGCUGGGAGAUGCCCCGCAGGCGCCGCCAGGAAAUAACGCGGAGAUCUGCCUCCUGCCCCCGGACGACGGGCCCUGCCGGGCGCGGAUCCCCAGUUACUACUACGACAGGUACACGCAGAGCUGCCGCGAGUUCAUGUACGGCGGCUGCGAGGGCAAUGCCAACAAUUUUGAAACUUUGGAGGCCUGCAACGAAGCGUGCUGGAAGAUUGAGAAAGUUCCCAAAAUUUGCCGGUUAAAAGUGAAUAAGAAGCAGUGUGGGGAGCUCAGAGAACAGUAUUUCUUCAAUCUAAGUUCUAUGACAUGUGAAAAGUUCAUAUCUGGUGGGUGUCACAACAAUGAGAACCGGUUCCCGGAUGAAGCUACGUGUAUGGACUUCUGUGCGCCAAAGAGAGCUCCAGCAUUUUGCUACAGCCCAAAAGAUGAGGGGCUGUGUUCUGCUAAUGUCACUCGCUAUUAUUUUAACCCAAGACACAAAGCCUGUGAGGCCUUCACCUAUACUGGCUGUGGAGGGAAUAACAAUAAUUUUGUCAACUUGAAGGACUGCAAACGCACUUGUGUAAAAGCCUUGAAGAAGGAAAAGAACAAGAAGAUGCCAAGACUUCUCUUUGCCAGUAGAAGACUGAAAAUUAAGAAGAAGCAAUUUUAACCAGCUUCUUUUUUUUUUUCUAUAUGUCAUCUUGUGAAUGUCCUUAUGGUUAUAUCUGAAGGACAACAUGGUAACACAGGCAAGCAAAUAAUUAGUGUUAUUCACCAGUUCUUACAUGUUACAUUUUUUAUUUGUGUAUUUUUUAAUACAUAAGUAGCUGCUAUUCAAAUGUGAAUCUAUUGUUUUAAAUAUGCUAUUCAACUAUUUUUUUAUGAGGUUAAAUUCUUGCUGUGUGUAAGAUAUAAAAGCAAAUAUGACUCACUCAAGUUCUUGGGGUUGCCCUCCCUGAUUUCAGAAGAUGAUUGUAACUGAAAAACAAAAGACAAUAUAAUCAUAUUUUUUAACAUAUAGGAUCAUAAAAAGGACCAGCAAAUAUAUUUAAUUUUGCAUUUAAAAAUUAGAUUAUAUUUUAGGCCCAAGGAGACAAGUUUGAAGAUUUACCAAUACUUCAAAAAAUGUUACAAAUGCUAGUAUGUAGAUCCUGCUAGCUAACUUCCAUUUCUGUUAUGUCAUUUAAAAGAUAAUAAAGUAACAUUUUUGACUGAAUUAAAAAGCUAGUACAUUAAUUAUAUCAGAAAUGUUCUCCUCGGAGUGGGAAAAUUCUCUCUGUUCAUCUAUCCAUCCAUCCCCACUCAGCAUAUGUUGUUAAAAUUUUUGUACUGUGUUUAUAUUAUAUCAGAGACAAUGCAUACAUUUAGUAAUUUAAAUUCCACUAAUAUUUAUGAUAAAUAUGAUCAUUUCAACAGUUUUUUCCUUCUCUGUAACAAGAUUUUUUAAAAAAAUUCCUACAUUUUCUUGGCAAGAGUAAUAUUUAAAAGUAUGCCCCUGAUCUGGCAAAAGUAUAAGUACGUUUGUGCUAUUCUUGAACAAUCCUUCUUUUAAAAAUCUAUCCCAAAGGUAUGAGAACAACAAAAAAAAUGAAAAUGCUAUAUGCCAUGGUUGAUGUAUUAUUUGGAAUAACAGAACUGGAAACAAAUGAGACAAUUAUCAUUAGGGGGUUGGUUGAAGAAAUUAUGGAUGAAAAGUGAGCAAAUUAUUUAUAUGUAAAUAUCAUCUGAUCCUCAGAAUACAUUUAAAAAACCAGGGUCUAGAACAAUGUGACUAAAUACACAUAGACAAGUAAUAGAAGAUACAAAGAUAUUAUAUUAAAAAUGGUUACCUAUAAGAUGAAGGAAGAUGUGACUGUACUUUACUAUAUAGUUUUGAUCUUGAACCAUGUAAAUUUUCGUGUCAUGUAAAACUAAAAUUUAAAAAAUAAAAAGCAUUUUUCUAAAAUUCGAAACCAACCAAAACAAUUGAACCUAAAUUAAUAUUAAAUAAUGGCAUAACUGUGAAAAGGGUAUAUGAUUAUUUUCAGCGACUUUCAAAGCUAGUAAUUUGACUAUGUGUCUUUUGGAAAAUAUAAUCCAAGAGUCAAAUAAAUUCUGAAAAUGCA